GUCUGAAUAAAUAUCCGUUGACAACUCGUCAAAAAUCCUAACGAAGGAAUUUUUGUUAUUGUAGAAUGAGUCAAGAAAACGCUCACGAUCAAAGUAACCAAGUGCCAAGCGAUGGGCACGAAAUUGUUCAUACUGAAGUAUCCAGUUUCACACCUCCUAUUCAAAUUGAACAAGUGAACUCACAACAUGUUCCCCAAAACGAUCAAAAUAUUGGAGGUCAACCUGACGCUAUGCUACCUACCUUAAUGGUAAACUUCUUGCAACAAAUGACCAAUGCCCCUAUGUUUCAACCACCUCCACCACCACCUCAUUUGAUCACUUUCAAAACCUUGAAAGACAGUGGUGCUGAGGAGUUUCUGGGAGAUCGAAUUGCCGAACCCCAAAUUGAUCUUGAAUGGAUCGAGCAGACCGCUCGUGUACUACAAAAUCUGAACAUACCUCUUGUUGACCAUCCAAAAUUUGCAUCUCAAUUGCUCCGCAAGGAAGCCUACGAAUGGUGGAAACGCACUGGCGAAAAUCCAAACACCCCCAAACCGUGGACUUGGGAAUUCUUCGAUUGGGCGUUCAAGAAGGAAUAUAUCCCAGCUCGAUUCCGUGAAGAGAAGCGUGCUGAAUUUAUUGAAUUAAAGCAAGGAGACAUGACACUCCCUGAAUACCGACAAAGAUUUGUCCACCUCGCUCAAUUUCCACCCACGCUGGUGAGCACAGCGACUGACUGCAUUGAAGAGUUUCGUAAAAGACUUCGACCUGAUCUCAGGCCGCACGUAUCUACCAUUCAAACUAUGGAUUUUAUUGAGGCAUACGACCUAAUCUCCAAAGCUGAAAAGGAUCUAAGUGAUUACUAUGAAAGAAUUGGAGAAGGUCAAUCAACUUCUAGGCCACCACUCUUUGACGGCACCAACUAUUCCUAUUGGAAGGAACGGAUGAGAAUCUAUAUAUGUUCCACCAACUUCCAAUUAUGGUUGGUCAUCAAAAACGGAGAGGAAAUCCCGAUGAAGAAAGUUGACAACAAGUUGAUCCCCAAGACCGAAGAUGAGUUUGAUGCCAAGGACAUCAAGAAGAUUGAGAAUUAUGCAAAGGCCAUCAAUAUGCUAUAUUGUGCGGUAAACCCCGAUGACUACCGGAAAAUCUCCUGCUGCACAACCGCCAAGGAGAUGUGGGACAAGCUUGAAGUGACGUACGAAGGUACUGAUCAAGUUCGUGAAGCCAAGAUCGAUUUUCUCACUCAAGAGUACAAAAUGUUCCGAAUGAAAGAAGGUGAGAAAAUCGAUGACAUGUUCGACCGGUUCUCAAAGAUCAUCAACGACCUUCAUGCCUUCAAAAAGACUUACGCCAACAAGGAUCUCGUGAGGAAAAUCCUGCGGAGUCUCACACCUGAAUGGAGGUCAAAAGCCGAUGCAAUCUAUGAGUCCAUCGGAGUCUCCAAUGUCACCAUCGAUGGGCUAAGAGGUAACCUCAAAACUUAUGAAUCUACUAUUCUAACCCCGUCUUUGGAUGAACAAACGAAGAAAGGAAUAGCGCUCAAAGCAACCAAGGAGACCGUAGAGGAGGUUUCAAGCGAUGAUGACAACGAAUUUGGACUUGUCAUCAUGAAGUUCCACAAGUUCAUGAAGAAGGAAUUUGAGCAGAAGGGAAGGAAGCACGACGGUCCUCCCAAGUGCUACGGCUGUGGCGAGAUUGGCCACAUCAAGCCAAGGUGUCCAAAAGCGAAACACGGCAAGGAUAAGCCCGGCUUCAAGAAGCAAAGGGCUUACAUCUCUUGGGGUGGCGAUUCCGGAGACGAAUCAACCGACCAAGAGGAGGACGAAGCUGCAAAUCUCUGCCUCAUGGCGCACGAAGAUCAAAACGACAACGUCCAAGAGGCAUCAAGUGUACUUUGGUACCUUGAUACCGGAUGCUCCAAGCACAUGACCGGGGAUGCAUCCAAGUUUCUCCAAAUCAAACCCGCUAAAGGAGGAAAUGUAGUUUUUGGAGAUAAUAGCAAGGGAAAGAUUAUCGGCAUUGGUUCAGUAGGUAAAUCUGAAAACUCCUCUAUAGAUAAUGUCUUGCUUGUUAAAGAUAAGAACAGGGGAGGAGCUUCCAGCAAAUCGAAAGCCAAAUCCUUGGCACCGGCAACCAACUCCGAGGAGCGCCUCUACUAUGGCGACGGAUCAUACCUCUGGUUCGAUUCCGAGGAGGAGCGCACCCGUUUCCUAACCUUCUUCUCUAAACAGGUUGUGGCUCAACCACGGAUCGUCCCGGAGCGCUUCCCGGAGUUGCAGGGCUACGACGAUCUAGACGUGCAGCUUCACCAAGCCGGCCUUUGGCCGUUUGUCUCCCGGGCUCGGAAGGAGAUCAAUCCAACGCUGAUUCGGGUCUUCUACUCCAACCUCCGGUGUGAGGGUGACGUGCUCUACUCUCUUGUCAAGAGCACGCCGAUAGAGCUUUCCAUUGAGCAGCUUGGGCGCAUCCUCAACGAGCUUGCCAUCACCAAGCUCAUCCGCCAUGCCUCGGGCCGCCCCACCAUCCACUCCGCAAACCCUGAGAGCCGGCUUCUUCUAUACACCGUGUCCCGAAUCAUCAAGCCCUGGAAGCAUGGGCACACAAUCAUGUCCGGUGAGGACCUCAAGCUCAUCCAUGCGAUCAUGCACUCGGCCCCAAUCAAUUGGGCAAAGUUUGUCAUGAUCAACAUGACGAUUGCAGCGUCCAGCGACCACGAUCACCUCCUCCCGUACCUGUUCGUGGUGAUGGACAUCCUAGAACGGUUCAAGGUGACCACCACCGUUGGCCCACUCACGAAGGCCACGAAGAUUUGGGCGAUCAGCACCCAAACCUUCAAGAAGCGGUCGGACAACGCCGGACCUGCCACUGCCACUGCCGCGCCACGGCGCCGUUCUGCUGCUGGCCCAGCCGAACCCCAGGCCCGGGCCAACCUUGCCUCCAUCGCCGACUCCCUCAACCGGCUUCACUUCAAAGUUGACGGGAUGGAUGGCUACGUUGAGCGGCUCGACGAGGUUGUUCAACGCCAAGGGCACGUCAUGAACGCAUACUUCCAACGCGUCAACUACGUCCCCCCACCGUACCAAGGCACGUUCCUUGGGCAAGUGUACGGUGACGAGGACGAAGAGGAUGGCUCCUACGCCUCGUCAAACUCCCCGGACGAGGACGAGUUUGAUGACGCCGUUGACGGUGAUGAGAUGGACGUCGACGAUGACGAGGAGGAAACCGAAGACGAAGACUAGGCCACACCUAGAAUUUUUAUCUCUUCUUUCUUCAAUUGUCUUGCAUUUUAUUAUUAUUACUUCCAUUGUACUCCGCCUUUUCCCUUUAAUAAAUAAAAUUAUCUUUUAUCUUUUUGUUAAUGUCAAAAGGGGGAAGAAAAGGGCUAUGCAUUU